UGGACAGCAGUCCCCAACAGCCCUGGACAGCCAGCGCCAGCUGUGCUGGCACACCGCGACCGCAGCCUCCACAGCGCGGCCAUGGGCGAGUGGGGCUUCCUGAGCUCGCUGCUGGACGCUGUGCAGGAGCACUCGCCCAUGGUGGGGAGGUUUUGGCUGGUGGUGAUGCUCCUCUUCCGCAUCCUGGUCUUGGCCACGGUGGGCAGCGACGUCUUCGAGGACGAGCAGGAGGAGUUUGUGUGCAACACGCAGCAGCCGGGCUGCAAACCCGUGUGCUACGACGCCGCCUUCCCCAUCUCCCACUACCGCUUCCUCGUCUUCCACGUCGUCGUGCUCUCGGCCCCCGCCGCCCUCUUUGUCAUCUUCGCUGUGCACCAAGCAGCCAAACCGGGCGGCGGCGGGGCCCCGGGGCAGCGCGCCCGCCGCCUCCAGCCCUUCUACGUGGGCAGCGUGGUGGCACGGAUUGCGGCCGAGCUGGGCUUCCUGCUGGGCCAGGCGCUGCUCUACGGCUUCAGGGUGCAGCCGCUCUUCGUGUGCCGCCGCCGGCCCUGCCCGCACCGCGUCGACUGCUUCGUCUCGCGCCCCACCGAGAAGACCGUCUUCAUCCACUUCUACUUCGUGGUGGGGCUGAUCUCGGCGCUGCUCAGCCUGGCCGAGCUCGCACACCUCCUGCGCAAAGGGCCCCCGCCACGGCCCGGCUGCUGCCAGCGGCCGCAGGAGCGCGGCACGGCCCCCGGCCAGCCGGCCGCCACCGCCCAGGAGCUCCGCUGCCCCGCUGUCCCCCCACCACGGGGGGACCUGACGGUGUAGCCGGGCUCAGGCCAUCGCUGCCACGAGCUGUGGCCGCUCUCAGCCCUGCCGCUGCCCUCGCCGUGCUGGAGAAGCGGGGCCGGGCUGUGCCCCAGUGCCCCCAGUUCCUGUUGUGGCUGGUGGAUGGGCCUCACCCGGCAGCUGCUGGAAAAAUACAUGGACACAAAGGAAAACAAACAAGUCUCAUCCCUACGCAGGGGCAGGGACACCCCUGACCCCCCUCACUGCCCAGCCAGCCUGGCAGUUGGGGGGGGUUGGGAAGGGGGGGGGCAGAGCUGCUCCCACACCCUGUGCUGGGGGUUAUCGUGAGCGCAUCGGGGCUCUGCAGGGCCAGGGCUGGCCCCUGGCAUAUGGGCAACAGCUGCAGCAUCAGGGCUGAGUUAUGGGGAUGCUGAGGACACCCUGAAGGGUUCUGCCUCACCCAGUCCAGCUUUUGGGGAUAGCCAGAGACAGGACAAGCAGACUGGGGCGGGGGAUCCCGAGGUGUCCUCCUGCAGGACUUGGGGAUGUCACAGCCCUGACCACGUUCCACCUCCUCCCCUCCCUCUCCCAACCCAGUGCCCCCACGGCAAGAACGAGCCAAGCAGUAGAAUAAAUAAACUUUAUUCUGGAGCCAGCCCCCCCCGAAUAUCCCCAUCCCCACCCCAUCCUCCCCAUGCUGGCAGGGCUGGGUCCCGCUCCUCGGGACGGCAUCACCACGUGCCCCCGCAGCCUCUACCUGCUAUGGGGUGGUCAGGGCAGGGGCCCACCCAGAACCCUCUGACUCUAAAACCACUAAAAUCUCAACAACAACAGAAAAAAAAAAAAAAACAAAAACAACAAAAAAAAGAGAUUGAAUAAUAAUAAAUGGUGUGCCCACCCCCGCCCUCUGCCCCAGAGACCCCCCCCUCCCCACCCCCAGCAGCACCCGCCGUGGCACCUCCACCUGCACAGGCCUAC